CAAACACUCAUUACAGCACCCUCUACGCUCGUAGCCGUAGCUGUAGCAUGUAGCCGUACUCACCGGAGAUUGAUCGCCGUCUCCAUGAUUAGUGUUUGCCACGGAAUCUGUGUUUCCAGCAAGCGGUAUGGGUAUAUUAAAGACAGCAAUGUCGCUCUCAUACCCUCUUGCCUCCUCACCAGUACAAGCUCUUCUGCUCUCCUCACAGCAUGGAGAAGGACACGCAAUCUAAGUCGGACGAAGCGAAACCCGCGAAGCGGAUUUCAGUUCGUGUCAUCACGCCCGAGCUGGCGCAGUCCCACCAUAACAUCACCGAGAUACCCACGAUUGCCGGCGACCCCUUGACCACUGCGAACACUCUCCGAGACCUCAAGCUGCAAGUUUUGAAGCACCUGGAGCUGCACUCCGAUCUCCUUCAUGUCCGCGAUGCAGAAGAAUGCAAUUGCUCGUUUGCCAGCAAGAUCGGCGCGCGGUUCAGACUGUCCAAGAGACAUGACCCUUCCAAACGCCUCAUCGUCGUUCACGGGAAGAAUGAGGUCUCAGCUGUUGAAGCGGAUUCUCCGCAAGCACUCUCUCAUCGUCACUUGUUCGAGCUAUGCAAGGCACAGCUCCCCGGGCAGACCGAAGGCAAGCACCUAUCCGUAAUCCAGAGCCAGGGCGACGACGAUCGAUCUUCUACACAGUCUCGGAUUUCCCAGCCCAUGGUCAUCGCCUGCUGCUCUUCCUAUCGUCACGCAGGCGAGGUUGGCCCAUCUGAUGCCGACUACCCUAUUAUGGACUUGGUCGAUCUCCAUACAGCAGAAUGCCCCAUCGAGCUUACCUCCGCCAACGCCAAGGUCACGAUCGAAGAGGCCAAUCUAGAAGAAUUGCGCCAUCUUAAAGCUCUCAAUCUGUACGCAGUACGCCGCAAAGGUGUCUACAAAAAUGAGCAUUCGUACCGGAGCGAGACCAAGGAUGAAAUAUUCCAGGAAAGCGAUGCCUGGGACCACUCGCCACAAUGGUCUGAAAGGGGGAUAUGCAUGUUCCUCUCCUCAUUGCGCCUCCUCAACUACCUCACCGAAACAGGUACAAUGGCUCUUGAAGAACAGGAUGCAGUGCUGCAUGUGACGCAUGCGAUCACCAGAUUUCCUCCCGCCGUCCGAGCUUUGGGCACGUUGAUGAAUGGUCGGUCGCCUCGUUAUUCGGACCGAGCAGCCCUUAUUCAGAGCAUCAACGCAGCGUUGAAGCGCAUCAUCCCGCCCGGCCUUAUUGACAAUAGUCCAUCACGAUACUUGGAGGGCACUCGUCUUCUCUUUGGAUUCAUCCUGCACAAGUCCAAGGACCUCAAAGACUGGACCACGAAGCACAACAUCCCAUACAUGUCCAGCGCCCUCAAAUUCGUGGAUUUUGAGAACAAAGAGACAAAGGAGAGGAUGAUAUUUCCCUGCGAGACCGACAUUGGGAUGAUUGAUCGUGCGUGGUGUGAAGCGCUCCGCAAGAAAGGCCCGCUAAGACUUCGGGGCGAGUUUGUAUUGGGAGAGAUCGUGCCAUGGUCGGGUAUAGAUGGGCGUGUCACCAUCUUGUCUGGCGGACUCAUCCAGGAGACAUAUGUGCUGGACAUCACUCGGAUAUCGAAGCGGUACUCUGAAUCCGCUACAACAACCUACGAAUUCGACGUCGACCUCCACGAGAAUGAGUUGACAGACCUUUCAUACCUUGCUACGCUUGCGGUAAGGAAUAAUAUGAACGUGGUUGACCCCAUAGUCCUCAGGAAGACUAAAGCACCGGCGCUGACUUUGGAUGGAGAUGGUCUUCUAGCCGUCUUUGUUCAAAGGCCGCCUUGUGCUCCUCCAGACUUGGACGUAACCAUAUUCAGACCGACCCGCGAUGGCGACGCUGAUGUCGAUGUUUCGGUGAUCGCCCAGCAACUCGUGCCUGUUUUAGCCAGCAAGGCUGCGGAUGGCACCGACGUAUUCGAUUGCUUCGGAGAAAAUAGACGACAGCUUACACCGCCCGAGGAAAUAAUAAUUCUGUGCGUCGAUUGCAGCGCCAGCAUGGGCAAUCCCACCGACUUUCGCGACAUUAUUGAGGAUAGCACGAACGAUGGGUCAGAUUCCUUUCACCAAAACUCCGAUGUGGGUGACUUGGAUCUUCUCGAAGAUGCUGUAACUCUGGAUGCAUUGAAGCAGUAUCUUUCAAGCCACUGCGCGUUCUCUGAUAUGCUCGCCAUCGUUGCAUCUGCUCACACGACCGAGGGACGGCGCAAGAACGCCGAGAACGUUCUAGAAAUCCUGGAUGACUUGCAUCAACAGACAAUUCGGAUGAUAAAGAAGGUCAGAGGCGCCAAGAAGUCGGAAAUAUACAGCGGCGUAAGUGGGGAAGAUGCGGGUGAAUGGCAAGCUAGGGCCGGCAAUUUGUUUCGCUUUCGGUCUUCACUACUGGACUUUCUGGUCUUCAAAGCCUCCGACCCCGAUACCUACGAGCUACCAUGGAUAUGGAACGAAGGGGAUCCAGUACCAGAUGUAGCUUCUGGUGUACGAACGUCUGCACAUGUUGCGGUUCCCAAUCUCAAUUUCGCCGUACCUACCGAACAUCUCUGUCCGAUCUCACAAGAGAUCAUGGAGGAUCCUGUGACUACCAGUGAUGGUGGCACAUACGAAAGGUUCAACAUCGACAGAUGGCUUCAAAUGAACCAUAGACUGCCUAAUCCUGGACCUCACGCCAAGGAUCCGACGCUCCGAUCGGAUCUAGUUCGGAAGCGGACUAUUGCGAAAUGGGUCGAAGGUACAGACAUCUUGUCAGCAUGUGCAACAGACGAAUCUCCCACGUUGUAUACCGAAGUUCACAUACAAACAGAGAAAUGGCCUUUGGAGCUACCGAGAGGAAUGGAAGUUCGUGACUUGUACCAUAUUAUCUUCCGACGGAUGAAAGGUCGCUAUACGAAAUUUCAGUUGCAUCAUCGGUCCAGGCUUCUUGACCACAACAGUCGAGAGCAACUUCAAACCAAGAUCCCGAUGAAUUCUGUGAUCUCCGUGACCGUAUACGAUAUUCAUGGAGCCCAUGAUCCGUGCGAUACCGACCAGCACCUUCUACUUAAGAUCUAUCAGAAGUUCGUUGAUCACGUAGUCUCUUACUGGGUACCACGGAGUGUAAAGAAAUCCGCAGAAUCGAUUCACUUCGGCUAUUGGAGGGCGCUUUUCGAGAAAGACCCUUCCACCGAAGUGCAGCGUGGACUACAAGUCGCGUGCAAGAUCAAGAGCAUAGGGGAUAACUGGAUAAGUGCAGCACUAAAGGCCCCUUCUAUGCCCCUUGCACAUUUGUUCGAUAUACAUGGCUGGGAUAGUGCGGGGACGAUAUACGACACGACGGCCUACGUGACGGAACAAUCACGACGAAAGAAUCCAAGAGCGUUCAAAGUAGCAAUUUUGACGUGGCCAGAGAUAAGUGGAAGUCGGCUCUCGCGGCUUGACGUCCUCAAGCAGACUUUCGAGUCUUUCAUCAAUCGAAUUGUCGCCUACAAUUAUCGAACACAUCUUGGCCUUGUUACCAUCCGCUCGACGGCCACUAUCUCGCAGGCCAUCACGCAUGCUGUUGAGGACUUCAGAUACCGGCUCAGCAACAUGACCAACGAGGGUGAUACCGCCCUAUGGGAUGGCAUAGAGCAAGCACGGCAACAACUGACUGAGUACGGGAGCAGAUAUCCGAACGCGAAGAGGCGGAUCAUUUGUCUUACCGAUGGGCGAGAUACUAAGUCGGACACGAAACUACAUGACAUUUCUCGAAGGCUGAAGAAUGACGAUAUCGUGCUAGAUUCUCUCUGCCUCCAAGGUUCGAGGGUAACGGACCUUGAGACACUGGCGUACCUUACUGGUGGGUACAGGUUCCGACCGGAUUCACUCAGUGAAGCCAUGGCCAUUUGUGAGCUAGAACCUUUUCUGUCUAUCCAGGAGCGUCCAGACAUCAAUCUUCCCCCGGAGUCUUCACAGUACCUGAGCGAUAACCGCAUUCGAUUUGAGUCAGCGCGGCAGGCGGCCGCGAAAACGGGCGAUAGGGUGACGCGCGAUGAGGCCCCUCCUCGCAAAGCCCACGAGAAUUUGGAAGGGCCAUACGUACAAGCUCGUGACCGUAACGACGCGACAAGUUCGGAUGUCGGCGACAACCGCCUGAGCUGGAGAAUUACCCGUAACGGAAGAGUCUACAAUGCAAUCCGCCAAGUCGCCGAGAACAAGCACCCGGACUACGACGUCUACAUUUGCGAAGCAAACAUGUGGUUCUGGAAAGUCAUCAUGAAAGGCCCACAUGGUAGCGCAUACGAGAGCGGAACCUUUCUGCUUACAAUCGAGUUUGAGAGGGACUUUCCGGUAUACCCUCCAAAAGCGAGAUUCGUCACCAACAUACUUCAUCCGAACAUUAACCGGCAUGGGAAAGUGUGCCGCAGCAUACUUGACCGCAACUGGACAAGUGAUAUGACCAUCAUUCAGGUCCUGAAUUCGAUCUAUGGCCUUCUCCUCCAACCUGAGUUCUCCGACCCAGUGAAUACCGUGGUGACGUUGGAUUACCAUCAUGACGAGGUAAAGUUCAGAGAAGAGGUGGAAGAGCAUAUUCGGAAACACGCAUCGAAGAGCAGGGAACAGUGGAAGAGCGAGUUGUUGUUGGAGACAUGA